AUGGUUUCUUUAAAUUUAUUGAAAGUCUUUGUAAUAAUAUUAAUGUCGGUAUAUUUAUAUAUAUAUACAUUACCAAAUCUUAUAGAUUUACGAAAUUCUAAAGAUAAGAUUUUAGAAAAUGAUGAAUUCCUGAAUAAUGAAGAAUCAAUUAAUUUAAAAGAAGUAAAUUCAAGUAGAAUUGAAGAUAAAUAUUUUAUAAAAUUUUGUGGAGAUUCAUCUAAAUAUCGUUUUUUAACUUUAAAAAAUAAUUUGAAGGUUUAUCUUAUAUCAAAUAAAGAAUUUAAAACUAGUGAGGUAUCUUUAGGAGUUUAUUUAGAAAAUGUAUCAAGACUUGAACAUAUACCAGGAUUGUCAUAUUUAUUAUCACAAGUAAUAUUUAUUGAAUAUACUUCUAAAUCUAAGUUCCUAACUUUUUUAUUAAAGAAUAAUGGUAAAAUGAAUUCUUUUUCUCGUUCUAAACAUACAAGAUUUGAGUUUAAAAUUAAUUCAGGGAGUUUAAUUAGAUCACUUGAAAUAUUUUCCAGUUAUUUAAUUAAAGCCAAAUUUACUGAAUCAUCAAUUCUCAAUAUACUUAAUGAUACAAGAUAUUUUAUAAAAGUAGAAGAUCAAGUAGAUUUUGAGGUUCUACAACUACUUUAUAAUAUUAUAUAUGAUGAAAUAAAUAAGAAAAUAAGUCAAUUUCCCAUUAAUGAUAUAAGUAGGGUUAACUUAAUGUUUGCUGGUACUGAUGUUUAUAUUGAGUUGUUAAAAUUUUAUUAUACUUAUUAUAAGGCAGAUUUUAUGACAAUAUGUAUUACAUCAGAUAAAGAUUUGGAUGAACUUGAAUUUUAUGUUGAUAGAAUAUUUUCAAAUAUUCCAAGUAAAAUAAAUGAAUUAUCUGAUAAUUUUUUGAUUGAAUAUUCAAGUUUAGAUCUUAAUGAAUAUUCACUUACUUUAAAUAAUUAUAAAUAUGAAAUUGAUUAUUUAAUUGGAAAGAUUAUUCAACUAACUCCUAUAAAAUCAAAAUUAAAUAUGUUAACUUUAGUAUUUCCAAUUCCAAACAAUUUACCUGAUAAUCAAUAUAGUUCAUUAAAACUAAUAGUUUUUUUAUUAACACAAUCGGGUCAAAAAAGUUUUUCUAAGAAGAUGAAAUUAAAAUAUAAUAUUUUGAAUAUUGCUGCAAAAUUUUUUUAUGGUAGAGGUGAAAAUAAUUAUUUUAUAUUAAAAGUAUCUUUAGAUUCUAAAUCCAGAAUAUUGAAGAUAAUGGAAUCUUUUUUUUCUAUAAUAGAAAUGAUAAAAAGUAUGAAGAUUGAUGAUAUAGAUAUGAAACAAAUAAGAUCUCAAAGAAUAUUAAAUAGUAUUGAAUAUUUUCGGAAUAGAGAAUUUCGUGGACUUUCAGCUAAAGUUGUUUAUUCUUCUAUCAAUAACAAUAUUCCCCAAAAUCAUAUAAUGAAAUAUGUAUUGUUAACUGAUAUGAGUCAAUUAUAUAUUAGAGAAGUAACAAAAUAUAUUUCACCUGAAAAUAUGAUCUUAAUAUUAACUAGAUCUAGAAUAAAUUCUAUUCCAAUUAAUGCAUUAUUAGGAAGAGAAGUAAAUCAAGAAUAUAAUAAAUAUUUCAAUGAUAAAUUAGAAAAUUUGAAUAUGGAACUCAAUAAUCACAAAUAUUUUAGAAAAUUAAAUGAUUUUGUUCGAUACUAUAUAGAUGAUAUUCCAUUAUAUAUCAUUUUAAAUUUAAAAAAUAUAACAGAAGACCAUGCGAAGAAUUUAAGAAUUGAUUUAAUGAAUCUUAAUAAAAUAAGAUAUCCUAUUGAUUUAAAUAUACAUACAAAAUAUGUGGCUAAGCAAGAUUAUCCUGAAAGUUUAUAUAAUAUUUUAGUAUCAAAUUUAAAUCAUUCAAGUAAUGUUCUUAUUGACAAACAACAUAUUUCAAAAUUUUCAAAAACAGUAUAUUAUUUACCAGGUAAACCAAGUGAACUUUCUUUAAAUAUACGAGCAAGUUUAACAAUAAAAUAUGUACCAGUAGACAUUAUUAAAAAUAUAUUUGAAAGUGUUAAUAUAUCUAAAUUAAUUACAAUAUCUUAUAUAAUACAAAAUAUAUUUAUUGAUUAUACUGAUUCAUUGUAUAAAGAAAAUAUAAGAUGUAAUAAUUAUAAAACAUUAUAUGAUUUAAGUAAUAUUGACUUUGGUAUUAAUAUUCAUAUAAAGAAUUAUGCAUCAAUAUUUCCAAUAAUAUACAAAGAAUUAUGUAAAAGCUUAUUAAAAAUAUUUGAUUUUAUCAAUGAAUGUGAUUUAAAUACUUAUAAAAAAAAAUUUGAAUUAGUUAUAUAUAAUUUAAAGACUAUAUAUAAUAAUGAUUUAGCAUCCCAAAAUAUUUUUGAAUUUUUCAAUAUUGAGACCCUUGAUACUAAAUCAUUAAUAUCUGAAGUUAGAAUAUUAAGAAAAUAUGAUAUUUUAAAAUUUGCUGAACUAUUAAUAAAAUAUGGAGUUUUGGAGGGUCUAAUUAUUGGUAAUUGUAACCCAUUACAAAUAAAUUCAUAUCUAAAUGAUUUUUGGAAUUUUCUUCAUCUUAAUCGAAAUUUUAAUAUUAAUCUAGAUCAUGAUAUUAAUUUACAUUAUCAAAUUUUUCCUAAAAAUAAUACUAUUGCUUCUAAGAUUCAAGAAUCCUUGAAUAUGAUACAUCUACCUGAUUCAUAUAAAAAGUGCUAUUAUUUUAUUAGAAGUAAGUCUAAAACAAUUACAAAUGAAUUUAUUUUUCAAAUUCACAGUGGAUAUUAUAAAUCUAAUAAAAGUGCACUCAAUAAACUUAUAAUUAAUCUUAUUAAUAAGAGAGCAUUUACAAAGUUAUUUAAAGGUCAGAUCUCUUUGAGAUUAUCUAUAUACUUAGAUAUAUUUUCAUCUUCAUUAGAAACAUUUAAUAUUGUAAUCUAUUCAAGUUUUAAUACACUUGUAUAUAUUUUAAAAUUUAUGAAUCAAUUUAUCCAAGUUAUAUUUUCAACUAAUUCUCCAGUCAUUUCUUUAAAAGAAUUUGAAAAAGCUAAAAAAAGAACUAUCAGAUUUUUAGAGAGCAAUAGAACUACUAAUGAAUUAAUGGAUUUGUAUUAUCCAAAAAUUAUUAAUAAUGUAUAUCCAUUAGAUUGGUUACAAUUAGAAAUUGUUUAUUUAAAGAAUCUAACAUUUGACGAGUUUGUCAAGGAAUGGGAAGAAUUUAUCAAAUUACCUCAAUUUAUACUUGCAGUACAUAGAGAUAACUCAUACAAAACAAAAUUAGAUACUAUAUCCAAAUUGAAACCAUUUGAAUUUAGACAAUUAAAUUCUAUUGAUGAACUUCUAACUAAUUAUAAUCUUAGUUAA